CAAGAAUGGCCGACAAUUGCAUUACGUGUAAAAGACCUGUUACAUCGUGGCAACAAGGAAUUCGAUGUGACGUUUGCUUACAGUGGAACCACAGAACCGGUAACACUGGCAAGUUAUCCUCCAUACUUCAUUUUCAUUCAGUUUGUAAAACCCCCUUGAUCUUUGAGGUGAUGUCAGAUAUUUUGCUACAUGAAAUCGUUCUGAAGCGGCUUACUUUUUUUAUUCAUAGGAAUUUCUCCACAAGAUUAUUGUGCCACUGUACGUACAGCUACCAGGAUAGAUUGGGUUUGAACAUCCUGUCACUUUUUUAGUCCAGUGGCCGAGAGUUACAGAAUAUCUGACUGAGUCGUCAGCCGAAAUUCUUGAGUCAUCAGAGUUCAACCCUCGUCCGACCCACAGCGAUUCGUUCCAGUCAACCAUUUAUGACCCCCCUGAUCAGACAACAAGUGAAACAAUGGUAAGCCUUAAACUAUUUGUAGAAAGUUGCCACUUCAAAAUGUAGUAUGCUCAGUUUACUGUAUAAUCCAUCCCUACAACUUACUAUGAGCAUUCACAGUGACAAGAUUAAUUGGCCUGUGUCUUCUUUAAUGGUAAACUUUAAUGGUAGAUGACUUUUCUGUUUAAAAUGCCUCUAAAUAGUCUCAUUUUUGUCUAAAAUAAAAGUUAACUGGUGAUGAUGCCAUUCAAGACGAUUCAUCCAUCAUGGAGCCCCCAGCCAAUGAAGUGCCAGAAAGCUUUGCCUCGAGUUUGAAAAUGUGAAGGAUUCGACUAAGAGGGGUCGACCAAAGGUGAUAGACAACCAUGGAUAUACGUACAAUGUUCAAAGACGCCGGGGAGAAAAUACAGAUUGGUAGUGUACCGUCAGGCCAAAGGUAUGUGUUUUUUCCUUUAGUUUCUGAUGAUAAGCGCACGCUCUGCUUUGGCAAGUAUUUGUUACUGACAAGUAUACAGAAAUUUACAGAACACUCUGAAGUGAACUUUUGUUGAUAAAAAUACACCACUUCCUGAUUGAUUUUAUUUGGUAAUGCUAAUAAGCAUUUCCUCAGUUCUAAUCCAGUCUCCCCGCGCUAUAUUUCACUAAUGAUAUCCACUUCUUUUUUUAAGGUCAACCCAUGCAAGGUUACUGUAAUUCAGAGAGCCGAUGGAGAACUGGUCCUUGGGCGGCACGAGCACAACCACCAGGGACAAGUUGUUGCUGGGUUGGCGGCAAAGAUAACAGCCAAGAUGAAGGCAGAAGCCAAGAAAAACCUAUUCAAGCCUGCCAUGGUGAUAGUCAAUGAAGUG